CGUGAGGAGUGCUCCACUCGCGUGAGUGGUAUUGAUUUUUCCAGAAAAGGCUGAAAGGCACACGGUGAAAACGGAGCGCCCACUCUCGGCUCUCGGCUCGGCGGUGUGACAGUAGACGUGUCGUCGCGCAGCAGUAGUACGAAACCCAGCAGCCUGACCAGUGUCGGGGGAACGGUACCGCCGCUGUUCCGCUGCUUUUUUCGCGUUUUUGUGGACAAAUUCUUUCCACAACCCGCAAUCGCCGUAAUCGAUUUUAGUGAUAUAGUUUUUGGGAGCAGCAGUGGGGCGCUCGGGUUGAUUGCAAUCGACAGUUUGGUGCGAUCACAGCGUGUGCGUGUGUGCGUGUGUGUGUGUGGCUUUGGUCCUUCUUCUUCCUUGGGUGCUGUGGAAAUUGUGUGUCCGUGUGUCCGUCUGUGUGUGCGGUGUUAAUGGCUGAGAGCAGCAGCAGCAGCAGCGCCACCCGUACUACUUGAACGCGGCGGCGGCAAGGGGCAAUUUCUUUGUGAAAUCGUGUUUUCGAUCCGUUCCGUGGCCACUGUGGGCGUGUACACGUGUGUGUGUGUGUAAGGGUGUAUGUGCGAAAGGAAAUUCCUCUUUUCACGUGUGCCGUGCCGUGCGUUUCGGUCGGAGCUCCGUUGGCAUUUGGUUCUUUCUGCUCGAGGCUAAACGAAUUUUGGUCCCGAUUACAGCAAACCCUCCAAAUACCUUGGAUGUCCUCGGGGUUGCAGAAGAGUUCGGUGCUGUGUGUGUAAGCAUCCUAGUUGCAGAAGCAGAUACGGCUUUUCCCGUGGUUAGAAGUGAAAUCACGACCAAAGAAAAAGGGCAUUCGAACGCCGAAAACAGCCCAUCAAUAACCCGUAGUGAGGGCUGAAGAUAAGAGAGAGUGUGUGUGUGUUCGUGAGUGUUCGUGCAGCCCAAAAGCCAAUCGCCUGUGACAGGAUAACAGCACGAUUGUCACCAUAUCGUGGUGUCGCCACUCACUGAAUGUCCUUUUGGGUGAAAAUCGCGUGAAAAGCCACAUACACACACAGGAGGGAGCGGGUUACAAUCGGACACGCUCUGUCCAUUAAGCGGCACGUUCCAGAAGCUCCGACAGAUAGGCAAACCCCUUGUGCAUGUGUGUGUGACUAUCCCCAUGAAGUGCGCCAUGCAUACGUGACGCUCCCUGUGGCCGCGUUCGCGUUCUAUGCGCGUCCCACGGAAUUAGAGCGAAAGAUUGUUGUGUCCGUGGGCCUGUUCGUUGUACGCCAGAAAGCAAUUCGAAGGAAAACACACACCCACCCCACCACGGAGCUGCGGAACGACACGUGCGGAUUCCCUCACAAGCUGCCGUAGUAGCCGUAGUGUAGUAGCCGAAGCAGCAGCAGCAGCAGCAAGAUGAGUCGCGAGGUGCAGAAGGAGAAUGCCACCCCGAGCAGUGCGAGCACGGGAACCGAGGGGCACCAGUACGUCGGGCCGUACAGGCUCGAGCGGACGCUCGGCAAGGGCCAGACCGGGCUGGUCAAGCUCGGGGUCCACUGCGUGCUCGGCAAGAAGGUGGCGAUCAAGAUUAUUAACCGGGAAAAGCUGAGCGAGUCGGUGCUGAUGAAAGUCGAGCGAGAGAUUGCCAUCAUGAAGCUUAUCGACCAUCCGCACGUGCUGGGGCUAACGGAUGUGUACGAAAACAGAAAGUAUCUCUAUCUCGUCCUGGAGCACGUGUCCGGUGGCGAGCUGUUCGACUAUCUCGUGAAGAAGGGCCGCCUAACGCCGAAGGAGGCGCGCAAGUUCUUCCGCCAGAUCAUCUCCGCGCUGGACUUUUGCCAUUCGCACUCGAUAUGCCACCGGGAUUUAAAGCCGGAAAAUCUGUUGCUGGACGACAAGAACAACAUCAAGAUUGCGGACUUUGGCAUGGCAUCGCUGCAGCCGGCCGGUUCGAUGCUGGAAACGUCCUGCGGAUCGCCUCACUACGCCUGCCCGGAGGUUAUUCGGGGUGAAAAGUAUGACGGUCGCCGGGCGGACGUGUGGUCCUGCGGUGUCAUCCUGUACGCGCUGCUGGUCGGUGCGCUUCCGUUCGACGACGACAACCUGCGCCAGCUGCUGGAGAAGGUGAAGCGGGGCGUGUUUCACAUACCACACUUUGUGCCGCCGGACUGUCAAAGUCUGCUCAAGGGCAUGAUCGAGGUGAACCCGGAAAAGCGACUUACAUUGGCAGAAAUCAACAAACAUCCCUGGGUGACGGCUGGUGGUAAGGGUGAGCUGGAGCUGGAACUACCCAUGAUGGAGGUAGUGCAGACGCACGUCAUCCCGAACGCGUCCGCGGUCGAUACGGACGUGCUCAAUGCCAUCUGUUCGCUCGGUUGCUUCAAGGAGAAGGACAAGCUGAUACAGGAGCUGCUUAGCCCACACCACAACACGGAAAAGGUGAUUUACUUCCUGCUGCUGGACCGGAAACGAAGGCGACCGGCGAUCGAGGACGAGGAGGACGUGCUGAGACCGCGCAACGACAUCAUUGAGAUCGCCGACCCGCCCCGGAAACGGCUCGAUACGUGCCGGAUCAACGGCAGCAGCAGCCUUUCGUACGGCCAGAUCAGCGAGGGUUCGCCGCUUACCUCCCGGCGGCAGACGUUCAACAACGGGCACCGCAGCCACAGUGGCAGCACCAGUGGCGGCAGCCGCCGGUCACCCUCGUCCGUGCCACUGUCGCGCAGUUCAUAUCAGAGUCCAACGCGCGGCGUAGUGGUCAACUCCUCGCAGCCACUCAAUCAACUCCAUCCACCAUCGUCUCCUAAUGCGGCCUCGAACCGGCACUCGAACUACUCGCCCAGAAGCAGCACCAAGUCGCAGGUCAUCGAUUCCUCCUCGCCAGUGCACCAUCGGGCCAACUCGGGGCCGGCGGUGACCGUGGGUCUCUUUUCCGAAACGGACUCUAACAACAUGACAUCAUCAAUCAAUGCCAUCCCGGGCUCGCCAAUACUGGGCAGUCCGCAGCAGCUGCAAGCCGUCACCACCGGCAGCCAGCUGUGGAAGACACGACUGACGAACAUCAAGAAUAGUUUCCUAGGAAGUCCAAAGUUUCAUCGUAGAAAAAUGCAAAUAUCAACUGAAGAAGUGCAUCUUACUCCGGAGUCAUCGCCGGAGCUGACGAAAAAGUCUUGGUUCGGCAACCUGAUGACGACCGAAAAGGACGAAACGUUCACAGUAUUAGUGAAGGGUAAGCCGCUAGCGACGGUCAAAGCUCACCUGAUCCAUGCCUUUCUGUCGAUGACUGAGCUGUCGCACAGCGUCCUCUCGCCAAUGUCUUUCCGGGUGGAGUACAAGCGGGGCGGUACCGGACCGACCAUGUUCCAGCGGCACGUCCGGAUACAGGUCGACAUCAACACGAUCUGCAAGCAGGGCGACGUCGGCGACAUGCUGUUCGCCAUCACGUUCACGCUAAUCUCGGGCAACAUCCGCCGGUUCCGGCGCAUCUGCGAGCACAUCCAGGCGCAGGUCUGCUCCAAACGCUACCCGGCCCUCAGCAGCCCGACCAACCAGCACAACAACAAGGUGGCGAACAGUGUGGCGGAAAGCAUAUCCUGCGGGUCGGAUUCGAGCGAUCGCAUCAACUACAACAAACACAAGGAGUCCGACAUUGAGCAGGAAACGUUCUACGAUACGACAAGCAUUGGGAAGACGCGCCGAUCGUCGGCCACCUCCUCCAACAAGAACUCAGUGUCGUCGGACGAGAUCGAAAUCAAAACAGUACGCUCCAGCUCGGAAUCCACGGAACGUGAGCGGGAACGCAGCACGGAACGGCCGGCGGCCAUGUCCGGUAGUGCGCUGGUAUGAGAAUUAUUUCUCUGAUAGGAUUCAGCAAACAGUGGCCCUCCCGCAGACGGUGCGGAGGCAGCCGGACCGAAUCCUACACGCAGCGCAGCCGCCGAGCCGCCCAUCCCCUGCGCUCCGGACGUCCCCGGUGACGCAGCGGGGCUUGCGAUCGAUAUCGUGGCGCCCCCUGCCGAAGAGACGGACGAUUCGGGCGAGCUGAUGGAACUGAUUGCUAAUCAAAUGGAGAUCUGACUAUAAGCUUUGACACCCAACCACAACCACAACAACAAGGCGGCCUUCUCAGCGCCUUCUUCCUACAGUCCUUCCUUUUCCAUGUUUAGUGCAACCACUCGUCUCCCGACAGCGAGAGUUUGGUUUGAAAUGGUGUUGAAGCGUCAGUGAAGCAUGCCCCGAAACAGGCCGAAACCGAUACCGUUCCAGCAGACGAACAAUCCUUAUACUACUAGUGCUACUUCAACCAUCACUACUACUACUACUACUACUACUACUAUCAGUACUGCUACUACGGACUACUUAUCGCCUACUACGAUUUACUACUACUAGCUGUCAGCGUGUGCAGCAUUAGCAAAAGACCCGCUCAUCCUGGGGCAGGGAAUUGAGUGUAACGGGCAACAAACGGACCGAGUGUGUGGAGAUGGUGGAGAUGUGCAGUAUAUAGUCACCAAAGGCUAGCCAACUAUUUCAUUAUGGUCAAUUUCGUAUCGUAUCGCAUCGAGUAAAUCUAGUUAUUCAAACCUUGGAGAGCUGACUUUCAAAACAGACGUUAGAAGGCGUAGAAAAAGAUGGAAACUCAUUUUACAAGAAAACACAUACAAACACAAUUCAUCUAAGCUUACAACACUGUAGCGAAUAGGCGGCAGAAAGCAGGAAGAAGACUUUGCCAAGUAGAACUAUCCAUUGCAAAGAACAUUGGCUUGUUGAGAAUUUCUACAGAGCGCACCGAAGUUGGAUCGGAAGAUGUGCGAAAGCGGCAUCCAUAUACAGGGGUUAAACGUUUCGAAAACCGAAGCAAGGUACGAUAUUACAGGGCGCGGCCAGGUUCGCUCAGCCCGGAUAACCCGGAUCACACUUCAGAGGUUUUAGAGGCACGGUUUGUAAACGUAACAGUAUCUUUUAGGCACAUACAACCAUCUUACCCUUGUUGUUCGGGCGUGGUGGCACUGAGGAUGGAAAGCGAAUGAUGAAGCUACGGAGACUGUUGUGGUGAUUUCAAUUGAGCAAUUGUUGGGGAAGUCGAAUUCUGAAGGGGUGGAAAAUUGGAAAAAU